UUUCACUCCAAUCCAGAAGGUGGCGCUCUACAAAUAUGAGCAAUUUGAACUAGCCACUGGAUGACACGAGCGAGACAGUUCCUUCUGGAGGGGACGGCAUGGAGAGCACUGUAUGACUGAAAAAACAUCUCUGCUUUUAGUAAGUUCUGUAUAUAUGCUGCUCUCUGGAGUAUUCUGUUUAACCUGUGCAUAAGGACAUAAUCCUGAUUCUGAAAGCUUCCUCAUGGCAAAUCAUACGGAUAUAUCAGCGGUGGGGAGGAUUCUGGUCAACCCAAGGCAGGACCUGACAACGCGCUUUAGAGCACUUUUUACUCUUCGCAACCUUGGUGGACCAGAGGCCAUUACAUGGAUCAGUGAAGCUUUUGUGGAUGAAUCUGCACUUCUGAAGCAUGAGCUGGCAUACUGCCUCGGCCAAAUGCAAGACGAGCGGGCCAUUCCUAUCCUAGAGACGGUCCUGAAAGACACUAAUCAAGAGCCAAUGGUCAGACAUGAAGCAGGAGAAGCACUGGGAGCCAUUGGAAAUCCCAAAGUCUUAGAUUUAUUAAAGAAAUAUGCAGAAGAUCCAGUAAUUGAGGUGGCAGAAACAUGUCAGCUGGCAGUCCGGAGGCUGGAGUGGCUCAUGAAUGGUGGGGAAAAGACAGCAGAGGGGACAGAUGAAAACCCCUACUGCUCUGUAGACCCCGCACCUCCUGCCCCAAGAAAAACUGUCCUGGAACUGAGGGCACAGCUCUUAGACGAAAGCCUGUCGCUGUUUGACCGCUAUAGAGCUAUGUUUGCACUGAGGAAUCUUGGGACUGAAGAGGCUGUUCUGGCUCUUGGAGAUGGUCUUCAGUGCAGCAGUGCCUUGUUCCGUCACGAAAUCGGCUACGUCUUGGGUCAAAUCCAGCACGAGGCCAGCAUCCCUCAGCUGCAGGCAGCUUUGGAGAAGACCAAUGAGAACGCCAUGGUAAGACACGAGUGCGCAGAAGCACUGGGCUCCAUCGGGAAGGAGGCUUGCUUACAGAUCCUAGAGCGCUACAGGAAGGACCAGGAGCGGGUGGUGAAGGAGAGCUGUGAGGUGGCCCUGGACAUGCUGGAGUAUGAGAACAGCUCGCAGUUCCAGUACGCAGACGGACUGCUUAGACUGCAAAGUGCUUAGUGAAACACAUUUCCUAAAACAUGUUAAUGUUACACAGCUGAUCCAUAUUUCGAACUCAAUGCUUGAAUAUUUAAUAAACACUGUUUUUGCAGAUACAGCAGAAAAAAACCUCCCUUGGAAAAAAAACAGGAAUACAUUUACGUAAUAAAAGCAUUUAUUUGAGUGCA